AUGAGCGAGCCAGAUAGCGAGACCUCCAAGACGGCCGAUAUUGAGACCGGCCUCAAAUCCGUCUCACUUGCCUCACCCGGAAUCACCCUCAGGAGCGAGGGCCAUCAGUCUCAGGUCUGGCCGGCUUUGAUCGAGCUCCCAAGCACACCCGUCCAAGAAUCCUCGGGAACAUUGAUU